CAAAAAGAAACAAACAGUAAUUUCGUGGUUGUAGAAAUUUCUUUUUUAUUUUCCUAGGAAUAUACUCAGUCAGAAGUCAUCAGAAUGUCGCAAGGUAACAACGAUAAGGAAUUCAAAAUGACCAAGGAGGUAAAAUUAACAUUUACUGUCUUAUUUUUUUUUCAAAACUCGAGUAAAGUUUUGCCCCGGUGUUGAGCUGAUUACCUGAGCUGAGUGAAGUGAUAUGCUUUACUCUUUCGCAUGCAGCGAAGAAAAUUAGUAAAGCUUUGAAUGUUUUACUGUUAUCGGCAAUAUCAACGCACAAAUAGUUAAUUUUGACUGUGAGGCAAACAAGGAGCUCAACUUCCACGGGACGCGUUUUAUACAAUCACCAGCUGUUUUGCCAAAUCUCAUAGUUUAACAGUUCAACAUUGGUUUGAGUGCUUGUUAAGUGCUUUGAUAUGUGUAAACUGGUUUAGUAUUAAAAAUUUUGACACUUCUUUAGAGAAAAGAAAUGAAUUGAAGGAACUGUCAGUUAACUAUCACUAUUAGCUAAAAUAUUUCUCCGUUCCUGUUUGGCUCAAUUCCCGGCUAGUCGUUUGCCGAUAUCCGUAAAAUUACGUCGAUGUUACAGAUAUCAAAUAAAACAGGGACAGCAAAACGGAUGGUACCUCGGGCCCUGUCCACGCUUAUCUGGAUAUUUUUAAAUCUGCAACUUUUUCUUUGCGGGUUCAGCUUCGGUCUGCAUGUAUCCAGUGAAUCCGGCAUACGAAACCACAACUUUUUAAAUUCGCUCUCCAGAGUGGAAAUUGUUGAAUAUGCCAUGAAUCCAGAAUCGUGUGGAAGCUAGAUCCAGAUAUUUUUUAUCCAGUGACGUAACCAGAUCGAGCUCAGUUCUUUACCGUGAAUAUUCAAGAUGAUGCAGAGCGCAAUGUUAUCGCUGCUUUACUUCUUGGACUUCAGUUUCCAGUCUUAUAACGUGUGUGCAAUUAAACCUGUAGCUAUGAUUACUGAGCAAAAUGGCUGCUUGACAUUCUGAGGUUUUUUUCCAUGUCGGACGGAAGUUAAAUGAUCUAGUGCUUUGUGGGACAAUUUUGUCAGUGAAAAACUAUUACUGAUUCAGAAGAAGAAUGACGAAAAAAUGUUUGCAUGAGCUGAACAUCGCUUUACAAAAUAAUUAGCUGACUUAACUGAGAGUGAAUCUGGAUAUGUUGCGAGGGGCAAAUUCAAUUUGAACAUACUUUGUGUUGAUGUGGAAAUAUUUUAAUGAUCCGCAAUGGAAAAAUUUCAGAUUUAAAAAUAUCCGGAUACAUGUGGACAGGGCUUCAGUUGUUUUGGAAGAUGUGGAGGGAAUAGCAGAAGAUUUUAUGAGUUAUUUGAAGAAAAAUUAGCUGACGUACUGCCUAAAAACAACUAGAGUAGCAAAAACGAAGUUUGUUAGAAGUUUGUCUAACUAUUGACAAGAGAAGUAAACUGGAAAAAACAUUUGUAUGCUCAGUUUGAGCAAAAUCAAGUUCACAUCAAAAGUACUACCCAAAUGACAAAAUAUUAUUGUAUAUUCCACAAUGGCCUGGAGAUGGAAUGCCCCAGUGAAAUAUCCGAAACAAGAAAAAAAACACAGUAAAUUACCAGUAACUGACUUGUGAUAUUUCUUUAACUGUCCUUAUAGGAACUUGAUAAAUUUGAAAAAGCCUUGAAGGAUGAAGAGUUCCGCAAAUUGUUGGUGGAAUAUGCUAAAGAGAUAUCUGAUCCAGAAAAUAAGAAGGUUUGCACCUAUUUGAUGCAUUAAAUUCAUAGAAACAACUCUGUAAGGUGAAUCUGACCAAACAUAUGCUUACAAUACAUGCAGCAGCCAAGUUUCUUCAGAUAAGCACAAUCAUAUGAUUAUUUUAGAAGAACUGAACACUUAAUGGAGACCAUAGUGCUUUUCAGAAUUUCCUUUCGCAAACGUGGUGUUGGUGCUAUCUUUUAAAUGUACACUUGUAAAUAGAACAGUUGGAACUGACUUAAUGGUGAUUGGGCUUUCAUCCAUGUUGAUAUGGAUGUAUUCAAAGUUUAAAGAAUUAUCAAAGGGAGAAAAGAAAAAGGGUCUUUUCAUGAUAAUCCUUGCUAGUGAGAAGUAGAAAGAAGGAGGCACUUAUUCUAGAGCCUGGGCAACUAACUUUCUGGUUAAUUGGCAAGUGCAGGGUUCAUACAGAGUAAAAGUCUUGAAAUUUGCCCAGCGAUUUUCCAGGCCUGGAAAAAGUCUGGAAAACAAAUAGUAAAAAGUCUUGAGUUUUUUUUUUCCAAAGCUAUGGCAAGUGCUUUAGAAGUGAAACAUUUUCUUUUUUGGUCAAAUCUUAUUCAUUCUCUCGCGUGUUUGCAGCGCACCAUGCAAAAAGUUUUGUUUGACUGCGUUUUUUAUGUCUCCGUUUAUCACCUAUUUGAUAGCCUUUAACCUGGAAAAAGAAAUAAUUGUAUUGGAGAAAAGUCUGGAAAAAGUCGUAAAUUUUGGAUCCAAAAAUCUGUACGAACCCUGAAAUGGUAUGGCUUACCGAGAGAGCAAUAUGAAGUACUGUAAAAUAAUGUGGUAUAUUUAUGUUUUUUGCAAAGUCUUGUGCUUACAAGUAUGCACAAGUGUUUUCCUUAUGCAUGCAUGUGCUUGUUUCAACUUAUACCCAAAUUAACAUAUGACAUUUUGUAAUAUGUACAGCUAUAGGUUUUGAUGUGUUCACCAUUUUGGUGAACACAGAUAUGGCUAGUGAAGCAAGUUUGUAACUCAUAUUUACAUGGAUGUUUUGCAGAAAUAUGAGGAAGAAAUAACACAAAUGGAGAAAAUGAGAGGAGUGGAUGUCAAAUUUGUUAAUCCUGAGGUAUAAUUGAUAGUAGAUGUAUUUGCCUUUUGGUGAUUAACCUCAUGAAGAUAAGUUGAAAUGAUUUACAGCCAAUUGGUAGAAUGUCAAUUGUACAAUAAGUAAUGGUAACAGGACUGAGUGGAGUCCAAUUCGGUCUGUAAUCAUACUAGUGAUUAACAAAAUCGGACGACCGCGUAGCGUACUUGUGAUUUGUUUAAUCACUCGUAUGAUUACAGACCGAAUUGGACGACACGAAGUUCUGUUACCAAUUAAUCAUAACUUUAACAAAAUUUGUGAUAUAAUAGGCUAUUUUUUAAAGCAAAACACAAGAAAUUCGAAAUUUUGUUUUGCUAGCAGUGAAAAAAAAAGCCAUUUAAGCGUGCGCGUGAUGGUGCGUACUGUCCAAUUACUUAGGCAUGAUGCGUACUGUCCUAUUAAACUGUCCAAUUAAGGCUGAAAUCGGGGCAGUUGAUAGCCAAUCAGAUUUGACAAUUUUGUUAUAGCUGUGAUUAAUGCUAAAAUAUAAGGAACAUUAAUUUUGACAACAGUCUUAAAUGGUGCUUUUAGUGGCUACCUGUGUAGAAUUGAAAGUGGCUCUUAUUCAUUGGACUAUAAGACACAUGAUAUUGAGCUGAAGUGCCAGGCAGUCAGAAAAAUUGUCUAUGGUGAAUUAUGGUCACUGUGGUUUAUUAUAUAUUGAGUGGAGCCAGGUCCAUACUUUUAAAACUAUCUGAGCUUGCAAAGAUGAUACUAAUUUUGCCAGGGGUUUGUAAAUCAAUGUUUUUGUAUAAUCAUAUUUACUAUUUUUACAUGGAGUGUCAUUCCCAUUGGGGUCAGGUCUCUCUUCAUACCAUCCAGAGCGAGAAGCCCUGGGAAUUAGGUUGCUUUAAUAUUUGACCAGACUUCAACCUGGGGUUCAGUUAUUGCUUUGACUCCUUAAAAAAGCUUACAGGCAUCUUGCAUGGAAUUUAACAUUAAUAGUUUGAGAUUCAUCUGGAGCCUGGAUUAUAGUGAUCAUGUUUCCUAGGUUUGCAAGCAUGAUUAUUUCUAUGGCACCUUUGUGAACUUUUCAGAAUAUCCCAGUAGGCAAUAGUUCAACCUUCCUGUUACAAAUUGAGAUUGUGUACCUGAAUGAAAAAGAAUAUACACUUGUGCUUUUUAUACCUGUAACAGUAACCUAACCAUGUAAUGUAUGGUGAUUGUACAGAUCACUUAUUUAUGGUUCAUUUCAUCCAGGAUGGGUAUGUAGUGAAGACAACAGAUUCCAUCAGUGGAGUGAAAGCUUUUGUCAAUAUUUGCUCUAAUCAGCACAUUGGAAAAGCCUCAUCGCAGUACAUGGAGAAAGAGGAAAAUGGGAAAAAGUAAGCAACUGUAUUCAUUAGAAGCACAAUAUGCAACUAACAAGCGAUCAGCUAAACUGCAAUUUUCAGUUGUCUGACAUUAAUAUAACUUUUUCUUUUGAACUCCAUUUUGGUUUGUCAUAUUUAUUUGGAAGUUUACCUGACGUACACUUUUUAGGGAUAUUACAUGGCCAUGCCGAGAUAAAAAAUUUGUCUACUCUUAAGUCGGUGUUGAAAAAAAUAUCAUGAGUAAUCAUACCCUGCAAGCAUUUUCUUCUCCAGGCCUAAUGCUAUGGGAGAGAAACAGUACAGUACAGUUAAACUCCUCCAGAUGGUAAACUCCAGAUGGUAAACCUGCACCAGUUGGGGACUACACAGUCGACCUGUGCAGUGAAACUGCUCUUAUCUUGGGUAGACCUCUUUGCCUGCUCAGUGGAGACAUUAAAUAAUUUAGCGAUAUAUAUCCAAGGGUCCUGUUUGUAUCGAUGCCUAAACUUCCCAAUUGAGAACAGCAUCUUCUUUGAGCGACCAUUGGUUUCUUUGGUCGCGCCACCGUCUAAAGCAAAAGUGCCCCCUGUGGGUUAGUAUGGAUAUUUUCUGAACUACACAAUGAAGAUUGAAGACACUGCUAAAAUCUAAACUCAUGUUUGUUUCUUUAAUCUCUUCAAAAAUUCAGGAGAGGUGGCCAGCAGUGGAAUAUCCCCUAUAGCCUUUCCCAUCCCAGAGAUGAUUUUGACAGAGGUACAUGCACUCACAAAAUUGCCAACAUUCCAGUUACUGUAAAUUAUAAUAACUUGAUUUUAAUCUUUUCAGCGCAGAGUUUAAAAUGUACCUAUUGCAUAGAUGAUACCAAAAAUAUCAAAUGUAUUCAUGUAAUCUGUACCAAAACAGAGCUUAUAGUUUACUAUCUUUGUCCUCUGAUGAUUUUAUUAUUUUAUUUUAUUUAGCGGGGAAUAAAUGUGUGGUAUAUGAUGCUGUGUUUCAUCCUGAUACCUAUCAGAAAGGACAGCAGGUAUGGACAUAUUAAAUUUAAGAUGUACUAGUCUUAGAACACAUGCAUUAAAAUGAACUGGUUAGGAAAUAAAUAAUUUAAAUGUUCUUCCUGUAAGGGACAGCUCCCCCCACCCCGCAAAAAAAAAUGCCUAGAUGUAAUUGCACCUCAGUGGGAGGGGGUUGUUUAGUAGGCCAGAGUCAGAUCACUAGGGAUCUUAAACGUUUAAUCUUUUGAUGUUUUUCCUGUUUUGGUUAUGACAGGACAAAAGAUUUAAGCAGUUGAUGAUUGAUACAGCACUUGAUGGAAUACAGAAAGAGUUCAAAGCGACACUGGAAAGAAAAAGUAAGUCCAUUUUUUUGGUUAAAAUAACAAGUAUUUUGUCCAACAUUUGGUAAAUGUAAAUUCUCAUACUAUUAAUUAAAGUUGUGGAAUAACUUAUGUUGUGGUCUUCAAGUUCUUUUGUCCUAACCCAGUGCUUAAAUUUGUAAAUCAGAUGAUGAAUAAAUGAUAUACAAUGUGCUGGGUCGGGUGAAACCACCAAAAAUCUGAACAUUGCUAAGUUAUGCAUUACACUAAGCUGUAAUAGAACAUAAACAUCAACAUUGCUUGUUUGUUUGUUUUUUUUCAUUUUCUUAUGCAUUUUCCAGAUCUUAAAUUUCCUAAGAUGAAAUUCAAAGGUGUCAAGAAGGCUACAGUCAUAAGGACAAAGACAGCAGAGGUAUUUGAGCAACUGACUUUUUCUUCUACACUGUAAUUUGUUUUGUAGAACUUAUUGUCUUAUAUGACUAGUACAGAUGUUUUGUUGGCAUACCAUGUACCCACCCCUGGGGGAGGGGGGGGGUACUUCUGAUUUCAAGUGAAGGGGAUGAUCGAAUGGGGGCAAAAAUCAAACCCCCCAAAAAAUCCCUAUGGCGUCCAACAAAACCAACCCAUCCCUGGACCAAAAAUUAACCCCCAAAAAUCCCAUGCCGAAUUUCUGAGCCUAAAAAAGUUCCAGAAAGUAUUAAAUGAUAUAACAUAUUUACUUUGGUUGGUUGUAUUUUAUUCACAGAACCACGCGCGGUCGAGAUACACGGACACUACCACGAACCUUCAUAUUGUAUUGAAUACCGAAAAAACCCCAAAAUACAUUUGCCCAAUAUUGCUACCCAAAAACAUCCCGGAAUCGAAAAUUUCAAAUCCAAAAAAAAUCGUUCGAUCAUCCCGGUCACUUGAAGUCCAGGGUACCCCCCCCUUCCCUACCCCCGACCAUGAAAAAUAUACCUUGCUCUAUAGGUCAAAAUUUGAGUGUACAAAAUGAUUGCUUUUUAAUAAAUAGAUCUCACACUGAGCCAUUUACGCUGUAGCUUCACCCACAAAAGGGUGCAAAAAGUGCUAAAUCAGAGAAUUGUAUAACAGUAGUUGUGAUCCAACUUUAACCUUUAACAUUUCUCCUCUGCUUUGUGCAGGCGCCCGCAGAUUCUCCUGAUUUUACCAUCGGUGGGCAGAAAUUUCCUUAUCCUUACAGUGAUGAACCUGCAGCUGAUUGUAAAGAGGAAAAUAAGAGGGCUACGAAGAUCGAUGCCGAGAAGAAACAAAAGGGAACAUCUGAUCCUAGUGUUCCAGAAUACAAAAUUGUGCAUCGGGGACACAUCGACCUCCAGAAUUUCACAUAUGCAAGGUUAUACUUCCUGGUUUGUCAUAUCCUUAUGGUAUACAUGUAAUGUAAAUAACUAAUGAUUAAAAUACCUCAGGCUAGAGGCGAAUUUUUAGGGGUGUUCUAAUCAAGACUUUAUCGUCUAAAGUUAACCCUAAGACUUUUGACUUUCAAAUCGAUUUGUUAAGUCAGGCGCGGGCAAAAGAUUAACAGGACGCGCGUCCCUCUUCACAUUACACUUGAGCAUCAAGCUCGGACUUCAGCACACAAUGGUGCCUCUGGCUGCCGCCAUCGGUCCAUUACAAUAUGUGCAUUAAGUGAAGUGAUAGCAUGAGAAGAGAUAGACCACACCUUCGCGAAAGCGUCCCCAAUUCUUUGUGAACAGAAGAGCGGGCACUUUUACGUCCAUUUCGACAGUUCAUUGAUUAGGGAAGGAUAAAGCAGACGUGGCCUGCGCCUUUACGACGCCGCUAAUUCCGCGGUUUUGGCCGAUUUAAAGCAUAGACAGCAGUGACGACAGUGCUAAAUAAAAAACCCGGCUUCACCAAUGGCGGAGCUGCAAAUCAGGCACCGAAAUUUUCGUAAUCUUUUCUAAAGCGACCAGUUUCUAAUUAGUCGCAAGGGUGAUGGUAGGAUACAGUUUUCAGUGGUGUAAAAUCUAAUUGCAUGAAUGGUUUCUUUCAGGGAUUCUAAUGCAAAUACAAGACCUAAAGAACUUGUUAUCUACAUUGACUUGCCUAAGCUGGUAAGCAAGAAUCACUUCUUCAGGCCUCUUUUUGCUACUGCACAUUAUAAGGCACUACUCACUAUUAACCCUUUAGGCCCCAAGAGUGAUCAGCAUCAAAUUUCUCCUUGUAAUAUCAAUGCUUUGUAAAACAGAGUGGUCGUGAGAAUUACGGACAUGAUCACACAAGAUGAAUUUGCUUGAUAUUUUAUCAGCUUCUCCCCACUACUUUUGUAGGAAAUGAAUAGGGGCAACAAAUGAGAAUUCAAAUUUUGAUCUUAGGGUUUAAAGGGUUAAGCGCCAUCCCCAAACAGGGGCUGCAUUCUCCUACUAACAACGCGGCGGUUAAGGUUACUGUCGAAAUGCUGAUGGUAACGGGCAAAGAUCUAUAUCUUCUUCCUAUUUCAUUGUUAUCUUUUUAUUCACAAAGAGAAGGUGCUCUUUCCACUGCUCGUUCACUUAUUAUUACUUUUUUGUGAUUGUUGUUAACAGGUGUAAGCAAAUAUAUAACUUACCAAAAUUAUUGAAUUCAUUAUAACAGGGUUCAAAAAUUCAACUGGCAGGUUGUCUUUUCCAUUCGCCCAUAAAGAAGAACACGGCCGGUGAAAAAUAGAGCAACGGAAAAAAUCGGCGAGAGAAACCCUCGCCUCUGUCUCCGCCUCUAGUUUUCUCCCUCCUUUUACUCUCGUACUUGCCACGUAUAAUUUAACGCGUUUACCACAAUCUGAACGCCUGAAACAGAGGCAAACCAGUUGGUUAAUUACAAGCGGGGACGUUAGCUUGGCUUACGUGCUGAAUUUCUCCCCCCUAAAUACCCUGACGUUUUCAUCUCUUUCCUAGGAAUCCGCCGCCCCAGUAGACUUGGAUAUUUUAGAGAAACAGCUUGUGUUGGAUUGUAAGAAGCCGCCCUACCAUUUAGACAUAUCCUUUACCACACCUGGGCUACAAAAAACUUGUCUCUUGAAGUUUUACAUUGGUGUCACCGUUUUGGUUUUAGUAACAAAGCAAUAGAAGGCAAGCUUUCUGGCGGAAUGAGGCAAGAUCUCGCUGUCAUAUUCCCUGCUCCAAGACUAUAUUACCACCAAAUGUUGUGUCCUACUGCGAUUCCUGUUUGAUUUUUACGAGCACUGACUGGCAACCUUUAUUUUGUAAAAUCCUUAAAAUAAAUCAAGCAGUGCCUGUGAAAUUACUGCUGAAGGAAUUUCAUUUCAAUAGUCACAUGUUAGGAUUUCAACCUGCAAUGCAUUCACUCAACUGUUAAGAUUUAGUGACAUGGAAAGGCCAGUAAAGUGAUCCUGUGAUUGCUUUGUUGAAAAGUUGAACAAUUAUUGACGUGCGAGCAAAACAACGACGGUUUGGCAUUCAACAACUCCUAAAAUUUUGUCAAAAGGAAGACGAACUGAACAGGAAACGACAUUUCCUCUCUCCUGAAAGUAACUAACUUUUUAAAAAAGAUGUCUUGGAUUUUUUGUUGUUUUCUCCGAACCCAAUUGAACCGAAUCGUCUGAAUCAAAACCGUCACUAACGCAUGUGGUCCACUUAGCGCUUGUCUCCCACGCAGGCGUUUUUAGGGGAGCUCGUUUUUCAUCCCUACCCACUUAGCACUUGAUGUGAAAACUUAGUGUCAUUUACCUUGACUGUACACACUUGGCUCUACCUUAUCCAAUUGAAGAAGAAAAUGGCUCAGCUAAGUUUGACAAGAGCAAAAGACGAUUGAUCGUGACAUUACCAGUCUUACCGCCGCCUAUUCUCAGUGUCCAGACUCCAGUGGUAGGUGACUUACAAUAGACAAUAGUUAGACCAUCUCCAGGGGGUGGGACUCCCAUAUAAAAGUGAUGGGGAUGCUUGUCGUCUUACUUAGGGGUGUAAAUUGCAUAUUUUGGUCUCACUUAAGGCGUUUGGAACGAGAAGUCACUACAUUUCCCCAUUCAGGUAUCGCUUAGUGUGCAGAAAGCAAUUUACAAAAAAUGCUGUGACACUGCUAUUACAGAAACCUAACGUUUUUUUUUAAAAAAAGAACAUGACAUCCCUAGCACGAAACAAAUGUAUUUCUUUUGAUGGCAUGGUCUUCUUUAGGGGUCAGUUUAAGCUUGAGCCACACCUACAUUGGUCUCCCUUGGGGGUUUAAUUUUAAUUUUCCAACGAGCAUGCCUGUCUCUUUUAUAUCUUUUUACCUGCCCCGUGGACCAUCUAGUCAGUAUGCUGUUGGACAUGAAUGUUCCCAAGCUUUUUAAUUUUUCUUUUCUUAAGGCUGUGGCUAGAAUGGAUACCCCAAAAUAAGGUUGUCAUCUUGUUCGGAAAAGAGUAGCCGGCGUGGCAGGCGUUCGAAAAGGGUAGGGGAUCCGAAGAGAACUAGGGAGCGAGACCACGCGCGAGGGAGGAGGGGAAAGAGGGGUUCCUUUCCUUUCUCCCUCGCGCGCCCAAAUUCCCCCUUCCCCUUCCCUUUUUUACGCCUGCCACGCAGGCUAGGAAAAGAGUCGCGCCUUGGGAUGUUUAUACACGUUCUCGUUUGAUAAUAAGGAGCUUAAGCAAAGGCGUUUUUGUGCGACGCACGUUAACCAUAAGUGAGGCCUUUUUCCUUUUAAUAUGUUUUGACGCUACCAAAUUUGUAUUGCUAAGUUUCUUCACCAUUAUAACGACAGCUGUAACGAGGAUUUGCCCGAAAAUUUGGGCAAAACCACUGCCAAAGAAUGUAAAAAGUCCACUCCCUGUUGACGUGCGUCGCUCAAAAACGCCUUUGCUUAAGCUCUCUGAUAUUUGGAGGUAGGAAUGCUCGUGAAAGCGGAGAGAAAAUAAAUUGUGAGGUAUCGAUUCAGACAAUUGCCUUUUUUGGAGCUAAUCGCGUACGAGGGGAUGGGUUUUAAGGAGUGAAACACGCGUCCAGUUUGUGCGUUUAUCGGAUAAAAUUUUAUUAGAGCCUUGCGUGAAGUAAAAGCAUUCGUCUGUUACAAACACAGGAUGAAGAAAUCGACUCAGAAAAGCUGAGUGACACACAGCAAGGUGAACACGAAAGCGAAGAAAUAUUGAAUUCACAAAGUGUAGCAGAGUCUUCUUCUCCAUCAUCCGAUGAAUUAGUAAAAAAAGAUGGCGUUACAAUGGAGGGUAAGAACACUUUCGACGUCCCUCGUAGUGAAGAGAACAGCCAACUGCAACCAAAGGAUACAAGGAAGGUGACAGAUAACUCGAAUAUCAGAGUCAAGCUGUCCAACUCAUGUUCAGGUAUAGUGUGAACUUUCUAGUGGGAUAAAGAAAACGAGGGGAAAAAUGACCGACAGUCGUAAUUUGUCUCUAUAAAUUAAAGGAGCUGUGUCACAAAAUUUAUCAAACAGUGGGUACUGCCACCAAAUUGAGUGAACCGUAAAAAUAACCACUCAAAACGACACACCAAAUUCAAAAGGAAGCGCGGAUGGACAAACUAGGAAAUAUUGAUUUGCAAUCAGGUGUGAUCUUUGAACUUGUUAUCCUAACAGUUCUUGAAAGCUCAUUUUUGUACAGUUGUUUUAAUUGUGUGAUAUAAUUCUUGGGAGACACAUUUGUUUGACACAAAGCUGUGAUUUUGUUCGUCUGCUACACAGUCGUCACGGUUUUUUGUCAUCACGCAAUGCUCCUCCCCACAAUAUUAGCGUUGCGCGAGGGCAUAAAGAACGGCUGUGAACCAGACUAUGAUUUUGUCCUUCACAAGUAAUUUCCCAUUUUUCCAAGCGAAUAAGGAACAAAAUGAACCAGCCAGCCAGCCUCCCCACAAGGAGCGUUGGGUGACGACACCAAAAAAGGCCGUGUAGCAGACUAGCCGUGACACUGCCCCUUUGAUAUUUGGUGCAGUAGUGUUGUAAGUAAAUGUUUAAAACACGAACAGCAGUGUUUUCUCACUGGCGCUUUCUCUCUACAGAGUUUCCUUCGCCAUGUUUCUUCACCUGCCCGCCUUACAAGUAUCACCAGGAUGCUGACCUCAUCACAUUUAUUAUUUACGUAGCAAAUGUCGCCCUUGAUUCGAUCUCCUUGGGUUUCAACAAAAACAAGGUAAGAGAAGUCACUGGAGGCAAAUCUCAUGAAAGUACAUAGCAGCACUAGCACGGCUGGAAAAAAGCCUUCAUUCUGUCAGCCCUGAAAUGUUUGAAAGUGAUAUGUUGAAAACUAACAAAAAAAUACAAACAUUAACCAUAAAGGACUGCAAAGGACCGCAAACGAAUAUGCCGAGGAACGUAGGAUCUAUAAAGACCUGAUCAGCAAAAAUAAUAAUGUAGACAUAUUAAAUUCUGCAAGCAGAAUACUGCAAUGGUGAUCGUACUACGUGAAAAUUAACUCUACAAGACAUCAACACGACACCGAAAGAACUCAUCAAUCAGAGUGCGCGGAUAUUUUUCAUCAGAGCUUUCUCUGGUUGUUACGCCAUACUGACGAGCCCCAAAAAGGACUAAACAGCUGUCUAUGGCUACAAUCCCGCUCUGUUUUGAGUUCUUUCGGUGUCGUGUUGAUGUCUUGCAGAGUUAAUUUUCACGUAGUACGAUCAGCAUUGCAGUAUUCUGCUUGCAGAGUUUAAUAUGGCUAACAAAAAAAUGGCUGCACAAAGUCGCGGAAGAUUACAGAAGUGUGAUUGGGUGGGGGGUGGGAGGGGGCAAGUUUGUGGCCCCCAGGAUACAACGCCAGCAAUGUCUUCGCUCGCUUUGAACGUAUCACCUUGGAACAUGGUAGGUUUACUAAUUCUAAAUCGCGCUCUGAUGAAUAGUGGCUCACUGGUCUUUAUCAAAUAAAACUUGAAAAAACCAUGGAAGGGUCAACCCCUUCACUGAUUAUACAUUCCUUCUUUUACCUGUUAGGCGUACAUCAGUUUUCCAUCAGGUACUCCACAUCCGGGAGAGUUACCUUCGCCGGAUUACGCCCUUUAUCUUCAGUUCCCGGAUGACCAUAACCUCGACACGGAGCUCUGUAAUAUCGACGUCAGCGAGGAGAACAUUGUUCUGACACUGCAUAAACUGGAGGCCUGCAAAGGACUUUGGGACAGUUUCCAUGCUGGUUUCAGCGAAGAAAAUCUAGAAGUAAGCUUUGUUACAUUUUAGUUUGUUUUUGUUGUUGUUGUUGUUGUUGUUUUUACCUUCUUUUCCUUUGCAUAUGCUAUGGAAGUUGGUGUUUUAGCACAUGUUCAAAUCGUUUUGGAAAAGAACAAAAUGGAAAAAUAAACUAAAGCAACGUUUUUAUUUGAGUGGAAAAGCCUCUGUGAUGACAAGUGUGACUCUUGGGUUACAGUGUGGAGCUGAAUUAAACGCAUACACUCUGAAGUGUUUACCGCUGUUCAAACGAGAACAAUUGUUAUCCGUUACAAGCUUGUCCACCCUGGAGAUCCUCUUUAGGAAAAUGUCUAAUAACGAUUGUUCGCGUGUGGACGGACGCCGUUAACAAAUUAUUUAUCCAAAAAAAUUGUAAAAAAAAAACAACAGAAACAAAUUAACGGUAUUUAGAGAGAAUGCAUGGCACUUGAUAGUUUCAAGAACUGAUAAACCUGCGGCUCUCUAAGCGUCCUGAACUAAAAGAAUGGACAAUCUUUGUAGUGACGUUAUUUGACUACAACUACCAGGGGUGUUUACCAUUUAUAUGGGAAAACCGGAAAUUAAAACCGGUAAUUCCGGUUGAAGAACCAAGUGCUUCGUGCCAUUCGGUUUGGGAAGUUUCAGAAAAUAGGGACAGUGAUUUGAGGUGAUCGAAUUUUUCCACUUAAGUCUGUUCAGUAGAUUUGGAUAUAUAUUGUAGCGUGUUGUACUCCCACCCCGUCUAUUUUUAUAGUUCUAUUUUUAUGCACAAAAUUUUCACCUGGGUGGCUUUUGUAUGAAAACUGUAACUACCCCAGAAUUCAUUUCCUUUUCGCUUUUUUUUUUAAUUUAUCAAUUCCACUGAGGUUUAAACAAAAACUACUCUUUGGCCUUGUCAAGAGUUUUUUCUGGUUAUCUGAGAAAAAGGCUCAAAGGUGUUGAGCCAUUUAAAAAGGGAUGAAACGUGAAACGAUCACGGAAUUAUUUUCCAGAUAAAGGGCAGGCCGAACAAUAAUGGAAGAAAAUUUAUUUCCUACCGGCACUUAAAUAACCCAAUGUUGGCCUUAGAGCCAGACGAAGACUUAAUGUCGUCGUAUUUCUUUUCCAAAAAGGUCAAGUUCUUCAUAACCGACGAGACUGUUGAUUUAAUGAUCAGAGAAAUCGCCGAUCAGGAUCCGUGGGUAUGUAUGAUGAUGUUUGAUGCACUAACCUCGCGCACCUCCUUAAAACCUCUAAUUUCAUUGGAGUCCUGCAUUUCGCAGCUCUUUUGUUGUGGGCCUAGUUUCCAUUGUUAACUUUGUUUGGACGUAUCACCUUUAAACUUUCGUGCAGUGUCGUUGGGUCAUCGCUUACUGCUCGUUAUCGAAAGUAGCAGUAAAGGGUGUAUUGCUCCGCUUGCAUUUCAGGGAUUCGUAUAUUAUGCUAGCACUUCUUCCCACCUGGUGUUGUACGUAGUUUAACUGACGUCUAGUUCCUAUAGUAAAACAGGUGCCAAGUUUUGCACCUGUUAUAAGCAAAUAUGAUGAAUCACUUGUAUUUACACACGUGGGUUUGUAAAGAAGAGCUUUGGACCGUUCGUUUACGUUUUGUAGAUACGUCUGGCAAAUCACAUCGCUAUUUAACUCUCUUUAUUAUCCUUUCAGUUGGCUCCAGAAGGGGAAGCGAGCGUGAAGGUUUCAUCUCUUACGGACGAAUGCCUCGAGCUUGAGGUUGAAACCAAUUUAAAAGAAUCUACUGACAGGAAAUCGUUUGAAAAUAACGAGGAAUCUGCAGAUACGUGUCAUAUGGGAGAAAACAUCAGUUCUUGUGAGGAAGUAAACACAGAAUUAACGGACGAUCAGCAAAAAGACAAGGUUGAGUUUGGUAGCACGGAGUUGAAGGAAGCUAGCAGGAAAAUGUACGAAGAAAAGCAAGGUUGUAAGGGCUCCGAUCUCGAGAUUAAAGACGGCGGUGAGGGUUUGGAAGAAAAACAUGAUAAUUUCGUACCAAUUGAUGUGAUAAGUAAUGCUGUGAGAACUAGGCGCUCCAUUCUCAGGCGGACUUCAAGCACGUCCACCGAUGAAUCCCUGGGGGACGACAAUGAAGUAAACGGAAUCCCGGAAUCCCCGAGCAAAAAAAACGUACGGUUUAAUCUCAAUCCCAACGUUCGUGUCUUCAGCAACAAAAAGGACAAAAAGAAAAGGAAGCUAGAAGCAAGACUGGAAGCUGAGGCGAGAAAAAAUUCACUUGAAAGCGAAGGAAGUGGAUCUGAACUAAGCAACGGCUCGUCGCCCGUUAAUGAAGGGAACGGAUGGGGCGGGUUUGGGGACCAUUCCUGCGGGGGUGGUGUUGAUCCCGCCGCGCCAGAGGUCGUGAAAGAUAAAGGAGAAAGUGAAGAAGUAUCUGAAAAUAAUGUUCAUGAUUGCGAAAAUGCUAAACCGGCGACCUUAUCGGCGAGUGCCGGCGAUUCCUUUGGGUUGACGAAUAAUUUGAUUUUUGAACUGGAUGACUAACAAGUGUUAAUGUAGUUGUAAAUGGUGAUGAUUUUAAUAUCAUAUAAUAUUCGGGAAAAUAGGUUCUAAUUUAAGGGUC